AUGUCGUUUAGCAACAAUUUACUUGAACAUGAGAACCUACUUCUGUCAUUGUCACUAGAGGAUAAUUCUGAAAGGAUAUGGAGUGCACCAGCAUUACCAAGGACUUUUGAAGAGAUAGAUGACCCUAUGGACAUAGAUGACGAUCCAAUGGAUAUCGAUGACACUAUCAAUGCAACAUUGGAUGAGGAUGCUUCUACACAACGGCAAAGUGUCAAGGACGAAGAGGAUGAUAGCCAUGAAUACAGGGGAGACGAGGAGCACCACCACCAAAAUUUGCUCGCAUUAUUAUCCCCCACCAUGAUGGGCGCAAGAUUGGCAAUUACUCAUAAACCAAAGCUAUUGAUGCCACCUUCUCCAAAAGCAGAUAAAACCGAAGUACUAGAAUCACAAGCUUACGAAGAGGCUCUACCUUAUAAUGUGCGGAAGCAUUCAAUCGAUUAUGAGUUUGAUAUAAGCUCUUUUCCCACUAUUAAAAACUCCAACAGCGUAGCUUUCAAGCGCAACAUCUCGACUUUUAACGAUAUCACCAACACCAAUCCAUCUGCAUCUUUUUCUGGAAACCAUGUGAACACCAGUUCCAACGAAUUUUCAAACCCAAACCCAAUUCAGCAUCAAGCUCAGAUGAUACAUCACCAUCAUUACUACAUUAAUGGUGGUGGUGAAGACCAGUUGCGACUUGAAAGAAUGAGAAGGCUGUAUAUCGAUCAAUUAGAGAUCAAUAAGCUUCGAGAAGAGGAACUUGACAGGCACUUAGCAAUGCAAAAGCCCGAGCCAACUGAGCUAACUCAAAGAACAGAUUACAUCAAUUUACCCGCUCCUUGGAGACAAGACAUACAUCCAAUUGAAAAAGUGCCAUACAUAAUAUCAUCAUAUUUGCAAUUAUUCAUCAAUGUCAUAAUCUCCUUAUACUUUGUGUACCUCGUUUAUUACAUCAUUACAUCGAUAAAAUCAGAUGUCAACCACAAGAUACAGGCUCAGAAAAGAGCAAUUCAAGCGCAAAUAGACUCUUGUCGUACUUUGUUUUACGAGAGUAAAUGUGACGAUCCCGAGUUCAAUACCUUGCCAAUAUUACGCAAGAAAUGCGAAGCAUUAUCACGGGGCAUGAAUCAAGAUCCCAAUUCAAUUGGAAAUUUGUCAAUGAUUAAUGCACAAAUUAUUGGGCUAAUUUUGAAUUCAUUAGUCGAACCAUUAGGGUUCAAAUUUUUUGUGUUUUUGUUGUGGUGUGGGAUUGUUGUGUUUGGGUGCAAUUUUGUAUUUGGGUUUGUUAGAGCCAGGACUUAUUAUGGAGGUCAAAUGGAUGGCGAAAGAUUAAAUAGAAAGAAUGAAUAG